GUGAACUGAGCCGAGAGUGUGGGACCGAAAAGAGUCAGCUCAUCACUGUGGUGUUAGCGGCUUUACACUGACUCCCCGAGCUCUCUGUAAUACUUUACAUUCAUUAAUAAGAGAGAGAGAGAGGGAGGUGCGUUAACAGUCCCGCACUGGCGGAGCUUUAUCACGUGACACCAGGUGGAAGUAAACAAAGGAAAGGCGCUAAUGCCGUUAGCUUUCAACGUGUGUGUCUGAGCGCAGAGACUGUUGUUGUUGUGUGUGAGCUGUGUUUGUGAGCUGAGUGUGUGAGCUGUGGCAGUAACAAUGCCUUCAGUUCAGUCUCUGAGAGAGUUUAUCAACGAGCGACUAACUGCUGCUGCUGAACAAAUAUUCUUGGAGUUUGAAAAAACGAUCGUCCAGUACGAGGAAGAGAUCGACCGUCAGCGCAGACUGCUGGAUAUCACCUGGAAACCCCAAAUCAAGCUGCACAGGACAGACGUCCCACAGCAACAUGUCUCUGAGGAGGAGGAGGUUCUCCCUAUGCAGCAGCUCUGGAACCAGGAGAGGAGCUCCAGUCUGGACCAGGAGGAACCCGAACCUCCACAGAUUAAAGAGGAACAGGAGGAACUGUGCAGCAGUCAGGAGGGAGAGCAGCUGGGACUGAAGGUGGAGACGGAUACCUUUAUGGUGACCUUUAUUCAUAAGGAAAGUGACCAGAGCAAACCAGACCCAGUCAGCUGGGAUCAGCUCCUCUCUCACAGCUCUGAUGUAACUGAAAGACAGUCUCAGCGAAGAAGCAAGACUGUAGAUUCAGGAUCAACUAGAAAUAGAAAAAAAAGUCACAAGAAUGCAGAUGAUCCACCUACAUCAGAGAAUCACUCAGACACAAGUAAAAGGGCUUUCAAAUGUGAUGUUUGUGGAAAAGCCUUUAAGCAGAAUUAUGAAAUCAAACGACAUUAUAGAAUCCAUACUGGUGAGAAACCAUAUCCUUGUAAAACAUGCAACAAAAUGUUUGCAUGGAGUGGUGAUUUACUUAAGCACAUGAGAGUUCACACUGGUGAGAAACCAUUUUCUUGUAAAACCUGUUUGAAAAUGUUUGCAAGUACAAGUUCUUUAUCGAGCCACAUGAGGACUCACACGGGAGAGAAGCCAUAUACUUGUAAAGCAUGUGGGAAAAUGUUUGCGUACAGUAGUGAUGUACGGAAGCACAUGAGAAUUCACACUGGUGAGAAGCCAUAUCAUUGUAAAGCAUGCGGGAAAAUGUUUGGUUUUAGUUGUUCAUUGUUGCGCCACAUGAAAACUCACACAAUUCAGAAGUAGUACUCUUUCUAGAGGGAAAAUGAUAUCACGGAAGCCAAGGUCUUCCAGUUUAUUACAUGUGAGAUUGGUCUAACCUGUUCCUAAACUUUAAGUUUUGUUUGUUUUUGGAAAUGUUUUCCUUUACUUGCUGUAUAACGCGGUUCACCUUUCACAGAUUUUUUUUGUGUAAUUUUACAUGCUUCUUUUUUUUUUUUAAAGCGCAUUGUGUUCUGCGUCCUGAUUGGCUGUAGACCAUUGUCAAUCAAUCUCCUGCAUUGUCUCCUGUACAGUACAGAAUGCAUUCAGCUUGUCAAAUUUACCUAAAUCUUCAAUCGCUAGCAGUGUGACUCUAAAGUGCUGUAUUGUAUGUUUGUAAGUUUUCUCCAACAAUUACGAUGAAAAGUUUUGCUCCAUCAAAGGUUGCAAUAAUACUGCGCUUAUUUUUCUAUGACGGUUUAAACUUUGAGAGUGUUUAAACAAGAGAGAAAAGUGUGAAAAUGUUCAUGCCUGUCUGAGAAAAGUGUAUAAAGUGUGUAGUGAGAGGUUUUACAGCCUUAAAACAUCUAUAAUAAUUGUAAAAAAUAAAGUUGGCUACUUCGUGGAUAUCACCUAUUGCGGGUUAUUUUUAGCGUGUAACUACCGCAAUAAACGAGGGACCGCUGUAUAUAGAACUAUUUGUGUGUCUACAUAAAUUCAUCGAUUUUUCUUCCACUCUCCAGCGCUACCUGGAGCUGCGUAAGACUAUCACAGCUCAGUACCCCUUGAACAGGUUGCCAGCCUAUCACAGGGCUAACAGAGAGAGGCAGACAACUGUUGUGAGAAUGGCAGCCUGUGGCAGCAGCUCUGUUUCUUUUCUUUUUCUUAUGUGUUGCUAAUCUUUUUUUUUUCUUUAAUGAUUACGUUUUAAUAAA